CUUUUAGGGACAUUUAUCGCUCGAUGUUUUAAACAGUCGUGCAGAUUUUCAACCACUCACAAAUCACAGUUUCUUUAGUUAAGAUUAAGUUUAAUAUAUUGGUAUAAAUGUCCAUAAAAUUAGCGAAUAUUAAUCGUUUUCGACAUUAAUAGUGAAUCUGGCGUCACCGUGUCCCCCUGCGGUGAAACGUUUUGGUUCAGUCCGGCGCUGUGCUGUAUGCGCGGGAGGAGAGAAGCGUGUUUAAGCUGCUAAAGAAGAGCAUUAAAACUCCGUGAGCUUCCUUUCAUCCACGUUGAUAAAUAUGGCACGAGAUUACAAACCUGGAGAUCUCAUCUUCGCCAAGAUGAAGGGCUAUCCUCACUGGCCAGCGAGGAUCGACGAAGUGCCAGAUGGUGCUGUGAAGCCGUCCAAUAUUAAGUUCCCCAUCUUCUUCUUUGGAACUCAUGAGACAGCAUUUUUGGGUCCCAAAGACAUCUUCCCUUAUUUACCAAACAAAGAGAAAUAUGGUAAACCCAACAAAAGAAAAGGCUUCAAUGAAGGGCUGUGGGAGAUUGAAAACAACCCUAAAGUGGAACUUAAUGGACAGAAGGUGAUGGCAGUGGAAGCAGUUUCUGAUAAAGAUUCAGACAGCAGCCCUGAGGGGGAUGACGAGGGAAAUGAAAAGACUCAGGAGAAGAGGAAAAAGUCCACUAAAGUGGCUGGAGGUGAGGCAGGGGAGGAGGAGGAGGAGGAGGAGGAGGAGGAGGAGGAGGAGGAGGAAGGUGAUGGCAUGGAGGUGUCUGAACAGGGCCCUCUUGUGGAGGAAGACUCUACGCAGAAAGACUCGACAGAUGGUGCCAAAGCUAAAAGAGGAAGGAAGAAAAAGAGUGAAGUUGAGCAGGACUCAGAGAAAGAGGAUGGCGUGGCUAGUUCCACCUCCAGCCCUAUAGGUGGGGAAGCACCAGCUCCAAAACGGAGAGGCCGGAAGCCCAAAGCUGAAAAAAUGCUUUUGCUGCAACAACAGGCUUCACAUGGGUCAGCUAAUGACAUAGAUGCUACUGCAGAUGUAGACCGGAAGCGCAAAAGAGCCCCUGAGGACAAGAGCAAGUCUUCUGAAGAGGAGGACGAAAGGAGAGCAGAUGGGAGGAAAAGAAAGGACGAGAGUAAAAGUGGAAAGAGAGAACCGGAGGCCAAGAGGAGAAAAAACGCCAAGGAGGAGGGCUCCUCUGACUCUGAGGAUGAAGCGAAGCGAAGUGGACAGGGCAAGAAACGGAUCCUGAAGCAAGCGGACACAGAGAAGGAAGAGCGGCGCCGCAAACCAGAUGAGCUGAAAGAAUUAGGAAAAGAGGAUGGGAAGAAAGAUGAAAGGAAAGGAGAGAAAAGAAAGGAAGUGUCAACUGAGUCCAGGCUGCUGAGAUUACACGGGGAGAUUAAGAUUUCACUGAAGAUCGAUAACCCAGACGUAAAGAAGUGUUUGGUGGCUCUGGAUGAACUGGGGUCACUGCAGGUCACCACGCAGCACCUGCAGAAGCACUGUGAGCUCAUAGCCACUCUGAAAAAGAUCCGCAGGUUCAAGGCCAGCCAGGAUGUGAUGGAUAAAGCCACAAUGCUAUACAACAAGUUUAAGACCAUGUUCCUGGUAGGGGAGGGAGAGGCUGUACUGAGUCAGGUGCUGAACAAAUCCUUGGCUGAGCAGCGGCAGUUUGAAGAGGCCAAGAAGGGGGCACUAAAAAAAGCAGAACAGACCAAAGAGCAGAGCGCAGAUAACAGGGUUUUGAAUGGAGACUCCAGCCCUGAGGAGAAGAGCACUGAGGCUGAGACUGAAGGAGAAAGGCCUGGAGAGGACAGUGCAGCCUUGGAGAAGAAUAGUGUUGUGAACCCAGCAGAAGAGUCAGCCUAACGACAAUGCACCUUCUGUCAGUCCUACUGCUUUUCUGUGGAAACUCUUCACUGUGGGAUGGAACCAUAACUUCUUUGCUUCAAAGUGCGAAGGUCACCUUGUAUCUGCAUCCCCAACAGUGGCCUCCUCAUCUUGAAGCAUCAGAGUUUAAGGGAUUUGCCUGUGUUUUAGUACAGAUGUUUUUAGUGCCAAUGUGUGCAUUUUAGCUCUGGAAGUGUUUUCAGAGUCGUGACGUUUCAACACAUUAGCCUUUUUCUAGUGUUUUAUAGAGUAGACAGUACCACUUGUCUGAGAGUUUAUAACUGUCUGCAUAGACAAGCUGUUGUAGCUGAGGGGCGCAUCCCCAUUUUGACUGACUGUUGAUUUGUGCUGUUUUUACUGACUAAAUCAUUCCAAAGUAAAUCCUCUGUCUUUUCAAGCUGCUAGAAGGAAGUUGGAGUAGCUACCACAAAAUCUGAAGUGAAGCAGAUAACCUGUGAAUUAGGGCAGUAUUUCUCAACCCUGCUGUGCGUAAACUGCUGUCAUUAGUUUUAAAGGAGUAGUCCAGCAUUUCUCAACCUAAUAUGUUCAGGUUCUAACAUACCUGAAUCAAAUCAUCAGCUUAUUAUCAAGCCCUGUGUAAGAGAACAUAAACAGAACCAACUUGUCCAUGUAAGAGAAACCAUUGGGCAUUUGCUGCAGUAUCUGUUAUUGCCUUUUGUAAUUAAAAUUAUUGAACUUGGUAUGAUACAAAUACGGUAGUUGGAGAUCAGGUUUAAAAUAUUGGAGUAAUCCUUUAACCCUUUUAGUCAAAAUACAUUUAAAAUAAAAGCUGUUGAGCAGUUGCCAAAGCAUCUUCCCAUUGUCCUCUGUUAAGUGCAUUUAGAGUCAGCUGUUUCUUUUUUUUUUUCGCUGUUUUAUUUUUUUGAAUUUGUAUGUGGCAGAUAGAGAUCAGAUUGAAAAUUACAAGAAAACUUCUUUAACAUACCUAAUUCUGCCCACAAAGGCCUUCAUAGUUAGCUGGUGAUUUGAAUGUGUUAGAAACUAAACUGCACAGUGCACAUAGAGGUCUGGAACUAAAACAUUGCUUUAGAUAGAGAUUUUCUGUCACUAAUUAACCGAUAUUUGUGGUUUAUGUCCUGAUUACAUGCUUCAGUAUUCUCUUAUGCUGAGUAGAAUAGUUUUAUUUUAGUAUUUCUAACUGCUGCUUAUACGUCUUCUGUUUCCAGAUAGAUGUUCCAAAGUUUAUUUUGAUACUAAAGUGCUUCCUCUUUUUGUUUCUCUUGUCUACAUGUCUGUCUGUCUGUCUGUUUUAAGCUAUCAGUGUUGUUGUCUGUGUAAAUAAGAGAACUGUAUUUUUGUGCCUGUUUAUAAAACCUGUUCUGGCCUUAAUAAAGUAGUGCUUGCCUCAA